AACAUCAUUGGGUAGAUUUUAUACUGCUUGAACGAGGGCAUGUAAAUAAUGAUCGGCUAGCCAACUUCAUCUUGAUCUUGAUUAUUGAUAGAUCUAUAACUAGAUCUAUAGAUCAAGUUAUGUUACCACUAAAGCUUAGAUCUAGUAUCUGUCCAAUUGUUUGAUAGUCUAUGACGUUUGAUUGUUCAGUGUUGUUGAUUUUGUAUUAAUUUAAUUUAAAAAUAAAAUAUAGUUUAGAUCUUGACACUGAAAAAUGUCUCAGUUGUCUGUUGACAACAGUGAUCUUAUGGCAUUGUUGCAUGGCGUAUUUAAACACAAGGAUUUCAAGUCAUUGACUCAGAAAGAUGCAGUGAAAUGUGUAAUAAAAGGAAAAACUGAUGUAUACGUCUCGAUGCCCACUGGUGCAGGGAAAUCACUAUGCUAUCAGCUCCCAGCUGUGUUAGCAGAUGGGAUAACCAUUGUGGUCUCUCCCUUGAUUGCACUUAUGCAAGAUCAGCUGGAGCAUCUGGAGAAAUUGGGUAUCAGGGCUGAGACCAUCAACUCUAAAUUGUCAAGUGCAGAGAGGAAGCGUGUGACUUCUGAACUGAUGUCCAAGCAACCAAAAAUAAAACUUCUGUACAUAACCCCAGAGCAGGCCGCCACUGAGGGUUUUCAGACCCUUGUCGACUCUUUGUUCUCCCGUAAAAAACUGUCCUACUUUGUUGUUGAUGAAGCUCACUGUGUUUCCCAGUGGGGUCAUGACUUCAGACCUGACUAUCUGAAGCUUGGCGAAUUCCGAAAAAGAAUUCCAGGGGUGCCCUGUAUUGCCUUGACUGCCACCGCCACUGCUCAAGUAGUCAGUGAUAUUAUUCAUCAGUUGAGGCUUAGGGAACCAGUGUCCAAAUUUAAAACAGGCAGCUUUAGAAAAAAUCUGUAUUAUGAAAUCUGUAUGAAAGACUUUCUUCCGGAUCCUUAUCUUGAUUUAUUCAAAUUUUCUUUAAAAUGUUUGGGAGGACCACUUGAAGAAGGAGAAAGUUGGAAUGACAAAGGCUGUGGGAUAGUUUAUUGUAGAACUCGAGAUGGUUGUGAAGAAAUCGCCUCUCAGUUAAGCAGGAAAGGAAUUCCCACAAAAGCCUACCAUGCAGGCUUGAAUGGCAAAGUGAGGGAAGAGGUUCAAACUGACUGGAUGGAGGGGAGAGUACCUGUGAUAGCUGCGACCAUCAGUUUCGGCAUGGGUGUAGACAAGCACAAUGUUAGAUUUGUAGCUCACUGGACAAUGCCAAAGUCAAUGGCUGGUUAUUACCAGGAGUCUGGGAGAGCCGGAAGAGAUGGGAAGCAGUCCUAUUGUAGAUUGUAUUAUUCACAAAGAGAGAAGGACACUGUAGCGUUUUUGAUAAACACUGAAAACAAUCGUCCAAAGAAAAAUUUAGAGCAUGCAAAACGCCAGGCCAAGUCAGCCGAGGACAGUUUUGCCGCAUUGCUGGGUUUCUGUGAAACAACAAAGUGUCGGCAUUGGUCAAUAGCUAGUUAUUUUGGUGAUGAUAAACCUGACUGUGAUAAAGGUUGUGAUUGCUGCACUGACCCUAAGAAGGUGGAAAUGGACUUGCUGAACAUGCAGCGUGGGCUUUUCAACACUAAAAUGAGAUCAGGGGUUGGUGGUGCCAUGAUGGUGAUUGAUGAAGAUGACCCUGACAUGUAUGAAGGAGGAAGAAGAGGGGCCAAAAGGGAGAGAGAGUCCUAUGAAGGAAGUGAUGAGGAAGGAGAGUAUCACCGGGAGCAAAAUGAAGCAGCAAAGGAAAAGAAAGCUCGAUCAAGUCUGAUUUCAAAAGAGUUUGAAAAGAGAAAAGGCUCAAAAUCUGAUGCUGUUGAAAAAGUGGAAGAGUUUGAGCCACCAUCAGCAUCAUGUCCACUCCGAGAUGCCAGUAGUCAAAGAGUGUCAAAACUCACUGUCAAGACUAGAGAGCACUGCUUUGAAAUGAUUGAGAAAGCCUUGUAUGAAAAUUUCAUCACAGUCUUUGCUCAGGAUGAAACUCGCAUUCGACGUCGGGAUUAUGAGCCCCGCACUCAAGCAUUGGACAUGGAAUACCAGGUGUUCAUGAGCAACAAAUUGGCGCCAGUGUACAAGUCAUCCAUAUUGAAGCUGGUUUCAGAGAUUGGUAAGCUGACCCAGAAGAAGCAGCCACAUAGCUGUUUUCAUUUUCAAGACGAGCUGUCAGAGAAAGUCAAUAGUUCAGAGUUGGUCAACAUUGGGGACCAAUCAGAGAGUGGUUCAUUGCUUUCUUGCAGCAUAUCCAACAACAGUCCAUUCCUCAAAGAUAACCAGGUUGCGAAGAAAAAUAGUAGUAUGUUUCAAACAGCCAGCCAACUUGCUGCUUCUCAGCGAGAUACUUCUUUAAAGCAAACUAUACAACAAGGUUCCAUUUUGAUGCAGGGCUUUCAGACAGCAGCUUCUAUGCUCCUAAAGAAUGUUAAAACUCACCCAGACACAUCACCUAGUACCAGCUCCAAUGCUGGGAAAGCCAAUAGCUCAAUAGAAAAAAUGGACACUUUAGCAAUUAAAAAUAAUAUUUUUUCUAUUCUAUUUGGUGAUAAAUUGGCCUCUCUCAACUCAGACUGUGAUACAGCCCUCUCCCAUAGUCAAGAUGGCUCACAAGCGUCUAAUGAUAAUGUCAUAGACCUGACAGAGCCGAGUGAUUCUACAGAUUGUGAAAAUAUAUCUGUUCAUCAAUCUGAUUCCCAAAAUGAAAUUGUCACCCAGAAAUCUAUAUCCACCAAAUUGGUUCCCAAAAUAACAUAUUUUUUUGAGAAAAAGAACCCAGUUUCACCUGAGGAGUCUAGCAUUGAAAAUGAAGCACUUGUCAUUGACAUGGAAGACAGCACAAAAAGGACCAAACCAGAUCAUUCUUUAAAUGUUGGUACUGGAGCUGGUGCCACUGCUGAUCACAAGAGUAGCCACUCUGGGCACCACAAGAACAAAGGUAUACCCAGCAGUACCGCUACCAACAAACCUUCAACUACUAAACAUUCCAAGAAGAUGGAAACUCAGAGUAAUUCCAAGAAAAGGAAAAUCUCUGACGAGCAAUUAGCCAUGCAGCAAACAUUGGAUGCAUACAUUAACCCACCUCAAAAGUCUGCACAAGCUGUUUCUGAUAAAUUGGAAAAACCAGUCAAAAUGGACAAACCUGAUAGAAAGGACAAACCGGAUAAAAAUGGAAAACCUGCCACAGAAGCCCCAAGUGCUUUGAGUGAAUCAGAGGAGAAGAGAAUGAGAGAAAAUAAAGAGAUGAAACAUGUGGCUGACAAUGUGGUCAAAUAUCUUACACCACAUUAUAAGGCUGGACAGUUUGAUUCCAAGGAUCUUUUUAAGAUGGUGGCCAAGGCAAUAACUAAACAAGUCUACACAACAACAAAAGGUCUACCAACAUCAGGUAAAGAAGAAGCAAAACGAUUGGUUCGAGAAUUUAUGGAGGAUCACAAACAUAUCAGCGGCCAGUCAGAUUUAAAUGGAUGGCAAUGAAGACCAUUAAAUCAUAUUUAUAUUUAUAAAUUGACACAUUUGAUUGCUCCAAGAGAAAAUAAUGUGUAUAAUUAAAGAAAUAAGAAAAAACUGAGAUCCAUGUUAUGUGGAUCCUAAUAUAAAUUAUAUUUACACAUGAUUACUUCCUAACUCUAAAAACUAUGAAACCUAAGUUCAUGCAUUACUGAUCUAUGCAUCUAUUGGAAGGUGUCCAUGAUAAUAAAUUUAGUCUUUGCCCCACCUAAUGCUAGCAAUUAGUUCUUAUAUUUAGAGAUAGAAAUAUAUACAUUUAAUAUUGGAUGCAUUUUUACUAUAAGUAGUGUAUAAUAAUAAUAUUUAGGCUUGUCUUUGAGUCCGAAGAUUAAGGAGGAAUGCAGUAUUUCACAUGGCUAUGAAGUCUUAGUGUUGAUCUACAUCUUUUGCCACAUCCAGUACAUACAAAACUGGUAUCUGCCUGUGGUCCAUUUGUCUUUUCAACUUCGACACAUGUUCUCGGCAGCAGAUUUUCUUUUGGUCAUAAAUGUAUAUACUUUAGCCUUUGUAAGAGAUCUCCAGCUGUCUCUUUACCGCCUGCUGCCAGGUGCAGGCUGGUGAUUGAGCUAGUCUUCAAAGAUUUUUUGGUCCGCACCUGUGUUAUGCAUACCACCUCUCGGUUGCAUCUACAAUUUUAAAAAAUCCAUUAAGUAAUUGUCUCAUUGUUUAGAAUGUUUAUAAAGUGGUGGUCAGUGUUAUGCAUAAUUAUAUACAUGUCAGACAAACCAUGCUGAAGAUGUUCAGUGAAAUGAACAGAUGGCCGGAGUAUUACAUGUAACUUGUAGAGUUAUCUACUUGCUCACAAAAUGUUGGUGUAUUUGAAAUGUUUUCAUUAUUAUGAAGAAGUCUUCAUUUGAUAUAAAAAAAUAAAUGAUAUUUAAAGAUUCAUGUCUGAUGAUGUUUAAAUGGUUGCAGGAACACAGAAAGCAAGAUGAAUGAACAUUUCAUGUGAAUUAAUUACCUUAUUUUAUUUAAUUUAGAGUUUUGAAUAUUCAUUAUUUUCAUUUUUCUUUAUUUUUCUUUGCUGUUCUCUUAUGAAAUUUGUUCAAUGCAAGAAAUGUAUAUGUUGAUAUUGAAAAUAGUUAUUGUGCUUAUGGAAAAAGAACUCUCAACAAAAGUUGGUUGUUAUUGCAUAAAUAUAUAUUCAUAUAAAUAUAGUUAGUUGUCCUAAGAGUGGUACCAAAUAACAGAAGUGACCUUGAUGAACCUGCGAUUUUUCCAAGGCAGACAAAUUUGCAACUUAUGCCUGGAAUUGCAUUGAUGUCUUUUCCAUAUUUCUUGUGUUUUAAUAUUAAAUAUUUAAAAAAACAUCACCAUUGUUUGCUAUUCUAAGACCAGCAACACGAACCAUUUUUAAAUGGGAUUUGACUUACAAAGCUAAUCAGAAUUUAUUUUUUUACCUCCCCUGGUCACAAUAUGCUUCUUACAACUUAUUUGAUAAAGUUUUUUUUAUUUUCAAUUAAGUCAGGUACAGAUUUAUAGGCCUAGACUCUGAUCCUCCUGCACUGUUUGGCACAUAGGGUGGCAAGCUCUGUCCACAGAGAUUGGUUACAGGCAACUUCCACAGCCUGCAUCUAGUGGCUACGAAGUUUAAGGUCUUCUAGAUCAUAGACAUAGGCUUCAGAUUCUUCUACACUAAUCUUUUUGUACAGAUAAAAAUAGUUCAUACACUCUGGAAAUAGUUUUACUUGAAGCUCAGUUUGUUAAGAAUUUAAAAAAAAAUGUAUUGGUGUCAUUAUUUAAUUUCUCCUAGUCAAAGUGAGACUGUGAUUAUCAUUAUCUUUUUCAACAAUCAACAGAAUAGAUGGGAAAAUUACAUUUUUAGUCUUUGAUAAAGUUAUCUACAAAGCAUUAUAUUACGUUAUAUGAUUUAUAUAGGAAGUGGAAAUUUCUUAAAUUGAAAUUGUUUUGUUUUUUUUACCUGAAAGAUUUUAAAUAAUAAAAUAUUUAGUAAGCUUGAUCUAUAUUCUAUAGGAAUGACAUUAUUCAGAGAAAGUUACAUUAGAAUCAUGUCACAAGAUUUUUAAAGAUUUUUCUUUAAGAUAUUAUUAAUUUGAAAAAUGUACUUAUUUUUUAAGGUUGUUUUAUGAGAUUAAAAAGAAAUGUGCAAAUAGUACUAAUACUUUCAUAGAAUUUUAAUAAAGAAAGUUGUGAGCUUAAUUAUCUCACAGAAAUCAACACUUGGACAGCUUUGUUGUCAUCCAAAUAAAAAAUAUUCAUAGAUAAAAAACUAUAAAAAAAAACAACACAAUUUUGCAAAUUUAAUUAUUUUUUAAAAAUGUAUUUUUGUUGUGUUUUAAUAUAUAAAUUGCUGGUUAGCAGGCUUUAUAGGCUGAGGUUUAUUGCUAUAGUUACUCUUUCUCUAACAAGUUGACAUGUUUAAAGAUCACUGGCUGUUGUCUAGAAUUGAGAUAUUUGUUCUUUUUUUCUUGUUUUAAGAAUAUCUUUUUUUUGUGUGUACUAUGGGUGAUUUAGUUUAUCUAAUGACCACAUAUGAUGAAACAUCAGAAAAAUAGAAUGCUUCUUGACAAGAAUAGAUGAUUAUGUACAUGAUCACAGUUUAUUUGUUUAGAAAAUAGUGGAUGUGUCCAAUCAUUAAAAUGACUGUUGGUAGAUCUUGGUAGAUAAACCAAUCUUAGCUUGCAAUUGCCUUGAAGUGCUAAUUUUUUUUUUUAAACCCUUGCUGUCACUUUUUUUUCUUUGCCUUAAAGCCAAAAAUUCCCUGCGCAGCUCAGUGUGAAGCUUUUUUCUUCCAUACCUCCAAGUUAAAAUUAUGGUACAAGUUAUUUCACAUUUCUUAACUCUUUCUCUCUGUAAUUAUUUACCACAUUCUGAUGGAAUCAAUGUUUGUAUCGUCGGUUAGGAGAGAAAGAGUUAAUCAUUAUUAUUUUAUUUUGUAAGUAUUUUGUAGUUAUCCAAUGGACAUUCCCAAACGAGAUGAAACUGUUGUGCCUUGACCCAUUGAAUUUUAUGAUUGUUUAAAAAAAAAGUAUUAUGCAUUGAUAUUUUGUUUAUGCUUAUGAAUUUGUUGAGUGGUAGUUUUAGUGUUGUAUGAAGGUGUAGAAAUCUAGGACUGUCCUUCUAAUUGGAUAGAAUACACAGCCACAUAAUAUUUAUAUUCUCUGAAUGUAAUAUGAUUCUAUUUUAAACUGUAUUUUAUACUUCUGUGUGGAACAAAGUUUGAAAAACUAAUUAUGUUCUUACAACAUAACUAGUUAUAUGUGUAUGUGGUAAGAUUGAGUUUAUGUCAUUACCUGUACAGCUAGAAAUAGUAAUGUCAUAACUAUUUGUUAUCCAUUUGAGGAUUAUUAAUGUAUUACAAUGUUAUACACUACUAAAUCUUGUAAUAUGUCAUAAUAUAUGAUUGUGUGCUGAGUUCCCAUUCAUUGGUAUUACAUUGACCUAAUUAUUUUGCAUGGGUUGGUAUUUGUGAAGUUGACGUUUUGAAACAGAUACAAUAAAACUUGUGAACAUUU